CAGCUCACUAGUACGCCAGCUUCCUGCUAUGAGUUUAGUCUACUUGUAAUUCUUCGCUAGUAUCGAAAGCCUGUGUCAAUGAGAAUACUUGAAUUUGUGUUGAAUUCAAAAUUCCACCAAGUCGUCAGUUUGGAUAAAAACCUAAGGACCCGCAAAGGCAGCCGCAGAGGAAACUCGGGAAACCGUCUCGAACUCCAGGUUCUAACCCAGAUCCAUCACGUACCCUAGCUACGAUGGUCAAAAGCGCCGUGUUUGAAACCGCCAGCAAAGUGGCUGACGCCAAUUGGGGCCAAUCCUCAAA